AUGGUUUCUUCAAUGCUACCACAGCCAGCAUUACGUAUUCCCGAUGCUGUUCAUCCACCAGUACCAGGUGAAAGCCACCGAUAUUAUGGAAACAUUCACGUAAAACAAGUAAAACUUCCGUCGACCUCCUCGACGCCAAAUUACCACAGCCAACAACGACAGUCUAAAGAGGACCUCUCAAAUGGCGCAGACCGGACUAUAUAUGACGCAACUUCCACUGGUAAUCUGGCGCGAGUACAAGAGCUGUUAGAUCCACAAGGUGUCGCAGAAACCUCGCAUUCUUUUUUGAUUGCUAAUGAGGCGAACCAGUCAUCUGGGUUGACGCCGCUGCACUAUGCUGCUUCAAGAGGGCAUUUGGAGAUUGUAAGGUAUUUGAUUGAUACGGCAGGGGCGAUAAUUGAUAUGGAAGACCCUACGGGAGAGACUGCUCUAUUAAAGGCUUCUUAUAUUGGCCAUACACAUGUAGUCGCAUUUCUUCUUCAAAGAAAAGCAAAAGUCGAUCAAGUCGACAAUGACGGAUGGACAGCACUUCAUAACGCUUCAUCACAAGGUCAUAUAAAAAUCGUAAAAUAUCUUUAUGAACACGGCGGCGCAGAUUUAGAUGCAAAAAGUUCAAAAGGACAUACACCAUUAAUGAAUGCCGCAUCAAAAGGUCAUCUUGACAUAGUAGAAUACUUAUUAGCUUGUAAGGCCAACCCGCUCAUCAAAAAUAAUUUUGGAGAAGCUGCAUAUGAUGUGGCAGCUAUUAGUCACGAAGUUUAUGUUUGUGAAAUACUUGAAAGAGCCGAACGUGAUUGGUGGAGGAAAAAACGUCAUAUACCAGGCCCCACUUCCUUUGGAGAGCUUAUGUCCACUCCAGCAAUGAACCAACCAUACGAUGUUCUCGCAUUCCACAUCUCUAUCCCCGUGGUACUUCACGAAAAUCAACGUGCAUCUAAUGCAUUUCCCAUUCUUCGUGGACCUGCAAAAUAUUCUCCUCUAGUUAAGGGUGACUCGCGAGGACCUUGGUCUGAGCCUAGUGGCAUACCAACAACGAAAGAAGAGAUCCAAUUACCAAUGAGUUAUAUUUCAUCGGCAGCUUCAGUUAUAUCAAAUUCAACCUCGUCAAAGCACCAAAGAUUAUGGUUUUGGUAUUCAGAUUGGCAGAUUGAUUUCUCACAUCCGCGUGUCGAUUCGCAAGGUUGGCAAUAUGCGCGAAGUUUCGAUGACUUGGAGCAAAUGUGGGUUGCGGCACCACCCACCAGCGGUAGUGGUUGGGUGAGACGACGAAGAUGGGUUCGUGUAAUGAAACGUAGACUUGAUUCUAUGGAGCCUAGUUUCCAUCCUUCCCUACUUCAGCCAAUUAAAGACUAUGAAAGUCCUAAAGAUUCCAUUGAUUACAUAAAGAUAGCAGAAGAUGCAUUGAAUAAAGGAAAUGGCAAAGGCAAAGCUGUUAGUGGUCUUUCUGUUCAAGAUGAAUUAGCUCGGCAUCAAGAAGCAAUUGGCAUUUUGCUCAAAGGCAUAAAGUCUGACCCGAAUCAACAGCGUAGGCAAGAAGCCAGUUCACUAGCGACUACAAUCCUCACACACGCAGAAUAUCUUGAAAACUUAAUUACAGAUAAUCGAGAUGCGAGCCCAACAUCAAAAGAUUUAUCAACUAAUAGUCACACAUUUAAUUCAUUUCCUUCACUGAGUAAAUCAACUAGUGGCAUUGCAAAUCGAUUGAAUCGCGUAGAUUCAACUACAAGUCUUAGCAGUUUUCAGACUGUUGAUGAUCCUUCAUGGAAUACAUCAAGUCCAAAUGUGGAUGCACAUAAUCCAUCAAGCUUCUCGGGGUCAACGUUAUUACAACCAACAGGAAUUGUGGCAGGUAUUAGUAGUAAAUUAAACGCGUCCGCGACUUCAACAUCUACCUGGGAACAUGAUGGGGAUGUUCAUGAUUGUCGUCGAUGCAAUAGGAAAUUUGGACUGUGGAUUAGAAGGCAUCACUGCAGAAAAUGCGGUCAAGUCGUAUGUGAUCGAUGCUCUACGGCACGCGUAGAAUUACCUCCCACACAACUUUCAUAUGAUCCAUCCGGAAGCGCUAGCGACUCGAAUCCCAGCCAAGCCUCACAAUUACAUCGAGUCUGCGAUUCAUGUUACAAAUCUAUGGGAUUCCCAGGACGACAAAGAUCUAACAGUUUAACCACCGCGUCAAUUAUCUCCGGGGCUUCAUUGACACAUAAUCAUAAUCAUCAGCGACGAUCAAGUAAUAGCUCAACAAUGAGCCAAUGCCCGGUUUGCUCUGUGCAACUGAUUAAUGUGCCCGAAGGCCCAGACGAACAUCUUAGGACGUGUUUGGAGAAUGGGAAUGGGAUCAAUACCAGCGGUUUAAAAUAUGUGGGUGAGCAAGCCGCUUUUUGUGCUUAA